AAAACAUGUGGGAAGUGUUUCACGCACAAGGGUCACUUGUUGCGCCACCUGAGAACCCACACAGGUGAGAGGCCGUAUGUUUGCAAGAUGUGUGGGAAAGGAUUCACGCGGUCAUCAUACCUGAAGGUUCAUUUAAGAAGCCACACUGGGGAGAGACCGUAUGUUUGCAAGAGGUGUGGGAAAGGAUUCAAGCAGGCAUCACAUUUGGAUGCUCAUUUAAAAAGCCACACUGGGGAGAAGCUGUAUUCCUGUAAAACAUGUGGGAAGAGUUUCACAACAAACAGUCACCUUCUGAUCCACAUGAGAAUCCACACAGGGGAGAGGCCGUAUGUUUGCAAGACGUGUGGGAAAGGAUUCACGUUGUCAUCAGAUUUGAAGGUUCAUUUAAGGACCCACACUGGGGAGAGGCCAUAUUCCUGUAAAACAUGUGGAAAGAGUUUCACAAAAAACAGUACCCGUUUGAUCCACAUGAGAAUCCACACAGGGGAGAGGCCGUAUGUUUGCAAGAUGUGUGGGAAAGGAUUCAAGCAGGUAUCACAUUUGGAUGCUCAUUUAAAAAGCCACACUGGGGAGAAGCCUUAUUCCUGUAAAACAUGUGGGAAGAGUAUCACAACAAACAGUGAUCUUUUGAUCCACAUGAGAAUCCACACAGGGGAGAGGCCGUAUGUUUGCAAGAUGUGUGGGAAAAGAUUCAAGCAAUCAUCAAGUCUGAAGGUUCAUUUAAGAAGCCACACAGGGGAGAGGCCAUAUUUUUGCAAGACGUGUGGGAAAGGAUUCAAGACGCCAUCAAGUUUAAAUGUUCAUUCACGAACCCAUACAGGGGAGAGGCCAUAUGUUUGCAACACCUGUGGGAAAGGAUUCAAGCAGUCAUCAAGUCUGAAGGUUCAUUUAAGAAGCCACACAGGGGAGAGGCCAUAUUUUUGCAAGACGUGUGGGAAAGGAUUCAAAAUUUCAUGUUCUUUGAAGGCUCAUUUACGGACCCACACAGGGGAGAGGCCAUAUGUUUGCAAGACCUGUGGGAAAGGAUUCAAGCAGUCAUCAAGUCUGAAGGUUCAUUUAAGAAUCCACACAGGGGAGAGGCCAUAUGUUUGCAAGACCUGUGGGAAAGGAUUCAAGCAGUCAACAAAUUUGAAGGUUCAUUUAAGAAGCCACAGCGGGGAGAAGCCGUAGUCCUGUAGUAAAACGGGCAAGUGUUUCAUGCACAGGGGUCACUUGUUGGUCCAUAUGAGAACCCACACAGGUGAAAAACCAUACUCCUGCAGCAGCUGUGGGAAAGAUGCUACAUUACAAGACACCAAAUGCGACCCAUAUCUGAUUUCCUUAUGACAGUGUGAACAGCACAAAGCCAAAUUUUUUAUUUUUAUUUUUUUUAAAUCUGACCCAGGCCACUUUCAUAUGUGGUCCUAAAUCGGAUACAUAUCCGAUGUUUUGCGAUGCAACUUCAGUCUGAAUGGCCAGGUCGCAUGUCAUGCGAUAUUUAUUUUUUUUUUUAUGUCGUUGAAAUGCGACAGGCGUCACAAGUCACAAUUCGGUGCUGGAGGAGGCGAGGGGUAAUAAAAAAAAUGGCAGACAACGGGUGAUUCAGGUGGUGAUAACGUUUCCCUUCUCACUCGGAAAUUAUUAAUGAAUUUGGUGUCCAUGAAGCCCCUCACGGAAUCCCACCAGUCCUGGUUCCGACUCCGCACCCACACAUUCCUCUGUAAAGAGGUAGCAGCCACUGCUCCACAAAAGCCCAUAAGCAAUAUUUGUGCUCUCCUUCUUCUUGAUAUUCUUCUUCUUAUGUCUUUAUGUUGAUUGCAGAAUGUCAUGUACUGCUUUAUAU